AUGCGGGCUUUCACGAUUCUUGUCCUCACAGCAAUAAAGCUGUUCGACAGUCAUGCUGUUCCAGCGUUUGCCUCUGUGGCUAUACCUAAAAGCCUUCAACAAACUUUUGAUGUUACCGAAGCAAGUAUAGAGCGGAACCUUCGAUCUGACAGGACAACCGACGAGGAGAUUGAGCAAGAAGAAAGGGGACCGCUCUCGACGUUUUUCAGCCUAUUUUUUUCGAGUAAAAAUAGAGCGCCGAUCAACGAAGACAUCCAGGUUGUGAGCAGAUUAGAUAGCAAACAAGCCAAACAAACAAUAAAACAGGCAUUUAAGGCUAAGGACUGGGAACAAGUAACUAAUGAGUGGCUGAACCAUAAGGAAUAUAAGGAAAUUAAUCCUGACAUGGUGUGGAGAGCGCUCGGUUUGAAAUCGUACAAGAAGCGAGGUCUUUAUCGAAAUUCUGGUUCUCCUUCGUCAGAAUUAUUAUUUUGGCACGGAUAUAGUAUCAGAUACAGCGCUAAAUAUCCGGAAUGGACGAGCAAUAUUUUGUGGAAACAGCGCACAGGCGAAGGAAAUUGGAGAAAGGCUCAUUUAGAUGACAAUGGUAGACCGAUUAUUAGAGCAGACGUCGCAAUUGCAGCCAACACUCAAGUAGGAAGGGUGCAGAGAAUCCAAGAUAGCAUUACAGUUGUACAAAAAUUGCUUUCUUGCUGUCUGCUUUGGUUAAUUUCUAAUACGUCAUCGUUGGCCCUGAAGAGGAUCAAAUUGAACCGCGACCGAGCAGGAUACUUUCUUACGACCGUGACCAGGCCGAGGAUCAAGCUACCCCCAGUAAAUACUCAAGAUGAUGAUAACAAGCCAAAACCACCACUCGUUGUGGAAAAUCUCAAGUUCACAGCUAACUAUGGGGACAAGGUGGUGCUUGUGGGUCGCAACAGUGCCGACAAGACAACGCUCAUGAGGCUUUUAAGCAAAAGUUUAACACCUAAUCAUGGCCAGUUCGUGAAAAACGAUGUGGUAUGCACUGCCACUAACGCAAAUGAAGGCAAAAUCCGCAGUCAUUUGAGUAGUUUGGCAUUACUGGCAACACUGCUGUUUCGGUUCCGCUUCACGCACUUUCAGGGGGGGCAAUUGGUCCGAGUUGGGCUGGCAUGGUCUACAUUGCCGAACCCACCGCAUGUGCUACUGUUAGAUGAACCUACCAACCAUUUGGACAUGGUUACUAUUGAAAUGCUGAGGAAGGCGCUGCGAAAGUACCAAGGUGCCGUGGUGAUAAUUUCGCAUGACUUGCAUUUUUUGGAUAUUCUCACAAACCGGAGCAAACAAGAAGAGGCUGACGAUGGCAUUACAAGAUGUGGUUGUGUACGUAUCGUUGAAGUGAUUAAGAAGAAAGGGCUAGUGUCCCUCUUACCACUUGAAGGAGUAGAAGCAUAUCGGGAAAAGGAGGAGCGUCGUAAUGCCUCGCUUGGUCGCAUGUAG